UCAUUAUUUUGCCUGGCCCUUGAGCUACUUGAACCUUGCCUGGGAACCCCUACAGCUCGACUCAUUCUGUCUAUCACUAGCUAGUUAGCUAAAUAUCUAUUGAGAAUAUCUAAAACUAAGAAAAGAAAAAAAGCGGCCGUCUGAAGAUUAACCACUCUUCCCUAAGGCGACACCAAAGGAGAAAGCUUUUUAACAAAGCCUGAAAAUGACUGCGUAAACGAAAAAUCAGGGGCCCUUCAGUAGCAGAAAAAAGGGGAGUAACGUUGCUGUGGUUGUCCUCGGCCGGGGUACACCUCGGCGGAUGAGGGAAACCCCGAGGAUCACGGCCUGCAAUAACAUUUCACCAUCUUCAACUAGCAGUUCAGAGAAGAAAGGGAACGCCUGCCAAUGGUCACAUUUGUCCUAACAAGUUAGAUGUGUCACUGCAUAUAGACGAAAACGUGGUGUUCACAAGGCACUGGCUCAUCAGUAAAUCAUUUUUGGAGUAAAGAACCAACGGAGCCCCGUGAAAAAAACAACAACGUUGCAGGUGCAACGGGCACUCUGAGCAGGCAUGAUGGAGGAGCUGCACAGCCUUGACCCACGCCGUCAGGAGCUGCUGGAGGCUCGGUUCACAGGGGUCGGUGUAGCCAAGGGGCCAAAUGAGUCUUCAAACCAAAGCCUGUGCAGUGUGGGGUCAUUGAGUGACAAGGAACUUGAGACUCCAGAGAAGAAGAGCAGUGAACAGAGGGUUAGGAAAAGGAAAGGAGAGCCCUAUGAUGGAGGGAAGGGCAGAGGACUCAAGAUCAGUGACUAUUUUGAGUUUGCGGGUGCUGGCGGUCCGGGCACCAGUCCUGCUCGGGGUGUCCCUCCUCUGGUGCGCUCCUCUCCGCAACACUCGCUCUCUAACCCACCACUACCGGUACAGCAGGGUAGCCCGUCCUCCACGUGCUCUCUGAGCAUGGAGGUGUCCAGCAGCUUCAACAGACCUCUGCUACACAAGGCCUGUCAGUCGGAGCUGACCUUGGAGAAGCUGACGGCGCUGGAGAACAACAAGAGCUCCGACCUGGAGAAGAAGGAGGGCAGAAUAGAUGACCUACUACGGGUGAAUUGUGAUCUGCGCAGGCAGAUUGAUGAACAGCAGAAGAUGCUUGAGCGCUACAAGGAGAGGCUCAACAAGUGUGUAACCAUGAGCAAGAAACUUCUCAUAGAGAAGUCUAAGCAGGAGAAAAUUGCGUGUAGGGAGAAGAGCAUGCAGGACCGGCUGCGUUUGGGUCACUUCACCACCGUCAGACAUGGGGCCUCCUUUACCGAGCAAUGGACAGAUGGAUACGCCUUCCAGAACCUCAUCAAGCAGCAGGAGCGCCUCAACUCUGAGCGCGAGGACAUUGAGCGGCAGCGCAAGCAGCUGGGCAAGAGGAAACCGCCCUCCAUGGCGCAGACGCCGCCGCCCAGCGUGGAGCCCAACAAGCGCAAGAGCAAGAGCAACGGUCUGGAGAACGAAACGUUAUCACUAGCGGAAUACCAUGAGCAGGAGGAAAUCUUUAAGCUGCGUCUUGGGCACCUGAAGAAGGAGGAAGCUGAGAUCCAGGCAGAGCUGGAACGGUUGGAACGCAAUGGAAUGGAAUGGAAUGGGCCAAACUCUACGACAUUCUCAUUGGACACUGACUCGUUCUGCACAGUUCUGGAGUACUGCGAGGGGAACGAUCUGGACUUCUACCUGAAGCAGCACAAGCUGAUGUCCGAGAAGGAGGCACGGUCCAUCGUCAUGCAGAUCGUGAAUGCGCUCAAGUACCUCAACGAGAUCCGACCCCCCAUCAUCCACUAUGACCUUAAGCCUGGUAAUAUCCUGCUGGUGAAUGGGACGGCGUGUGGGGAGAUUAAGAUAACAGACUUCGGCUUGUCAAAGAUCAUGGACGACGACAGCUACAAUUCAGUGGAUGGGAUGGAGCUCACGUCACAGGGAGCUGGGACUUACUGGUACCUGCCCCCAGAGUGCUUUGUGGUGGGGAAGGAACCGCCCAAAAUCUCCAACAAGGUGGACGUGUGGUCAGUAGGGGUCAUCUUCUACCAGAGUGUCUACGGACGCAAGCCCUUUGGCCAUAACCAGUCGCAGCAGGAUAUUCUACAGGAGAACACCAUCCUCAAAGCCACCGAGGUGCAGUUCCCCACCAAACCUGUGGUGUCACCUGAGGCCAAGGCGUUUAUCCGGCGAUGCCUGGCCUACAGGAAGGAGGAGCGGAUAGACGUGCUGCAGUUGGGCAAUGACCCGUUCCUCUUGCCGCACAUCCGCAAGUCUAUGAGCGCUCCCCCUCCACCGGGCCCCCCCACACCCUCCACGUCCAGCUCCUACAACAGCAGCGCCUCCAACUGAACACACACACACUCCGUAUCCAACUUCUACAACCGCAGCGCCUCCAACUGAACACACACACACACACACACACUCCGUAUCCAACUUCUACAACUGCAGCGCCUCUAACUGAACACACACACACACACACUCCUACAACAUCAGCACCUCCUCCAACUGAUCUUAUACAUACAUGCUCAUGUAUACCCAACUCCCAUGACCACCCUAAAGCACAUACGUUGUCCACUAAUACCAACUUCCAGCUGCUAAAUAGUUACCACACACACACACACAUAUACAGUAUGGCAAGGAGCAGUGGUGGGAAGCUGAAGAGCUUGAAGGUGUAGUGGGGACCCAAACUUGGUGUCAGCUUGGUGUUUUUUAAGAGCUUGGACGAGACCACCACUAAGACCACAGAAGAUGCCAGUCUCAUUUGAACUCUAAAGUUGCUAACGAGGCAGUAGAGACCUCUCCUGAGGGAUGCUGUUUCAGACACAGACACUAGAGGGUGCUGUUUCACCCCAGAAAAGUACUGUGCCACCUGCAUCCUGUGACGAGGAUGCUGGGACUUCUUCAUGGAUUUUAUUAAAUGCAGGCCCCUGCCCUUGGGCUGCCAGUGCCCAGGUGACCAAAGCUACAGGACAGGGACAGGGGAGGAGGCUUAAUGGUGAGCUAGAGUGACCAGCAGCCAGGGGUUGGGGUUUGAGGGGGUUGUUUUUCCCCGCAGUUUUCAAGUUUUGUAAUGAUUUUUUUUUAAUGUUUUGAAAUGUUUUUUUUUUAUUAUUUAUAAGAUGUGAGGUUUGCCUCAGGACUCCCCUGCAGACCUUUAGGGUGAGAGGCAUUCUCAUUAAACUCCUUUGCCAGGUUA